AUGCCCCUGAUCGUGCAGAAGGCCCCAAACCGCAUCAUCCUGGGUCUCAUGACCUUUGGGCCCAAGGCGGAAGACGGGGCUCGAAUCACGGACCUCAAUACCUUCAACAAGGCGCUCGAUGUUUUCCAGGCCCGCGGCUACAACGAAAUCGACACGGCGCGCACCUACGUGGCAGGCCAACAGGAAGCCUUCACCAAGCAGGCCCUGUGGAGGGAGCGAGGGUUGACGCUGGCGACAAAGGUUAAAUACCCGUCGAAGCUGGGAGAGAAUGCGGCGGACAAGGUGGUCGAGUCUGUCGAGACGAGCUUGAAGGAGCUCGGGGCCGACUGCGUCGAUAUUCUCUACCUGCACCGUCCCGACCGAGGCACGCCCUUUGCCGAGACGCUCGAGGCGGUCGAUCGGCUGCACAAGGCGGGCAAGUUUGUUCGCCUGGGCAUCAGCAACUUUGCCGCCUUCGAGGUGGCCGAGGUGGUCAUGACGUGCAGGUACAACAAUUGGGUCCGACCGUCAGUGUACCAGGGCAUGUACAACGCCAUCACGCGCAACGUCGAGCCCGAGGUGUUCGUGGCCUGCCGGCGCUACGGCCUCGACAUUGUCGUCUACAACCCCCUCGCCGGCGGCCUGUUCUCGGGAAAGGCGCGGUCGUCCGACAUGGUGCCGGAGAGCGGACGGUUCUCGGACGUGAGCCCAUCACUGGGGGCCAACUACCGUCAGCGGUACUUUCGUGAGAGCACCUUUCGGUCGAUGCAGAUGAUCGAGAAGGCGCUCGGUCGGCACGAGGGGCUGACGAUGAUCGAGACGGCACUGCGGUGGAUGGUGCACCACUCCCAGCUGCGCUUCAAGGACGGCAACGACGGCAUCAUCAUCGGCGUAUCGAGCGUCGACCAGCUCGAGAGCAACCUGGACAAUCUGGAAAAGGGACCGCUGCCGGAGGACGUGGUGGCGGCGCUCGACGAGGCCUGGGCCGCAUGCAAAGGAGAAUCGGCCGAGUACUGGCACGGCGAUCUCGAGUACGGGUACGACACGUGCAAAGCGCUGUUUGGGUGA